AUGUGGGAUGUGGAGGCUCAGGAGGAGGAGGUGGUGGAGGAGGAGGAGGCAGCUGCAGAGGAGGAGCAGGAGGAGGCAGGGGAGGAGGAGGCCCCUCAGGAGGCUGAGGCCGAUGAGGAGCCAGAGGAUGGAGGAGAGGAGGCAAAGCCCAAAUUCAAACCUUUCAUGUUGCCCAACCUGGUGCCUCCCAAGAUUCCAGAUGGAGAAAAAGUUGACUUUGAUGAUAUCCACCGUAAGCGCAUGGAGAAGGACUUGAUUGAGCUGCAGUCACUGAUUGAGUCCCACUUUGAGGCCCGCAAAAAAGAAGAGGAAGAGCUGAUCAACCUCACGGACAGGAUUGAGAAGCGCCGUUCCGAGCGGGCAGAGCAGCAUCGAAUCCGCAGUGAGCGUGAGAAAGAACGGCAGAAGCGCGUUGAGGAGGAGCGAGCACGAAAAGAGGAGGAGGAGGCAAAGAAGAGAGCAGAGGAAGACGCCAAGAAGAAAAAGACUCUCACCAGCUUACAUUUUGGCGGUUACAUGCAGAGAACAGAUAAACGAGUUGGAAAGAAACAGACUGAACGGGAGAAGAAGAAGAAGAUCCUCAAUGACCGCCGCAAACCUCUGGAUAUUGAACACAUGAAUGAGAACAGCCUGAGGGAAAAGGCUAAAGAGCUGUGGAGUCGGAUGUACGAGUUGGAGGCUGAGAAAUUUGAGCAGCAAUACGAGUUCACAAAGCAGAGAUAUGAAAUUAACGUGCUGAGGAACCGAGUGAGUGAUCACCAGAAAACGUCGAAGCGAACCAAAAGAGGCCUGAGGAAGUAGACAUCCUUUGCUGAUGGCCAGCUUCGUAAACCCUCAUCUCACUUUUCAUCUUUGAUCUUUGAAGCCUUUGUAACAUCCCCUUCAACUUGCAUUGCAAUUAUGUGUUCUGUUAUGUCUAUGAAAUGGAGAGGUGUAAUGUAUUCAGUUUAGAAAAUUCUAAAUUAGAAUAAUAAAUGUAAAAAUUAAAAUAAUCUGUAGCAUUUGUUUGAUUAUUGUAAUUGAUUAGAAUAUGGCCCGUGACAUCUUUCUACCAGUAUGUAUCUAUUUAUUUUCUCAAAGGCAGCAUUUAUAUGCCACUCCAACCAGAGUUCACCAUUUGCACAUGCUAUUCUGCAAUUACAGUCUCUCUCAGUCGCUUUGUUGCAUUUCUCAAAUCAUCAUUAACGUUUGCGCAACAGUUAGUGCAUUUCUUAAAACAAUUAGUGCAAACUGCACUACAUAGUGGUUUACCUGCAAAAUGUAAAAUAUCUAAAAAAAAUAUCUCAAACUUCUUAAUUAGUUUAUGUCUCAAAGGCAAGUAUUUAUGCCAAUGAAACUGUCAGUGCAAUCAGAAUGACAAGUCCUUACACCAUUGUUCAUGAACAAGAUAGUCAAACUGCUUUGCAUCUUGUCAAUAUGACUUAGUAUUUUUUAAUGAAAUCCAAAAGGCAACACUAUUGUCACAUUUUGACCAACAUGACAAUUACAAAAACUGCAGAUUUUGAACAUGAUCUGUUGCAUGGAUUUACGUACUAAAGCAUUUGCUGUUGUACAAGAUUCAGAGCAAUUGCUUUUAUUAUGUGCUUGAGAUAAGCUGGUAUGGAGUUUGAACAAGCAGUUUUGAGAAUUUCGAUUCUGGUCUGAGAAAUGAGCCAAAGCGACUGACAAAAUCUGAAUCAUGGACUCCAAUCUUAGCAUGAGUGAGGGAAAUGAAAUAUCCAGUCUAUCCUAGGGUGGUUUAAUCAUCUUUAAAAUACCUAUCAUGGAACCAGUAUGGAUUUACUGUAACUAUGAGUAACCCCAUGGCCAGUGAGAAUGGAAGUCUGUGUGAGGGUGAGAAGUCCCAGGGAGUUUGUGCUGACACGCAGAAGUGCCGUCGGCCACUGAGCGAGCACUCUGACUGAGGAGAGGACAACAUGCCCAGACGAGUUUACAUAAUGUUGUCUUUAGACACACCCAUGUUAUCUGAACUCUAAGACUAAAACACAGACAAUUUUACAUUUUCCCAUGCUAUAGCAGAUUCCUUAAAAGUUAUCAAACCAAGAUUGUUGGGUUGUUUUGUAUAUUUUUUCAGUGUGCUUGUCCAUUAAGUUUGGCACCAGAAGAAAAAUCGAAUGAAUGCA